AUGGAGGAAAAUCCAACAAAAACUUAUGAUGCGAAAGAGAAGACCAAAGGUUAUGCGGAAGAGACCAAGGAUAAAACUAAAGAGAAGGCCAGGGACAAAGCCUAUGAUGUGAAAGAGAAGACCAAAAAUAAAGUGGAAGAGACUAAAGUUAGAGCCAAGGAAUAUGCAGAGGAUUCAAAUGAGAGAGCAGAGGAUAUGGCUCAUGGGUUUAAGGAAAAUGCUCAAGAUGUUGCGGAGAAGACUAUUGAAACCGUGAAAGAUGCGUGGGAGACGGCUAAGAGCACAAUUCAGAAGGUUACAGUUACAGAGGCGGUGGUUGGGUCUGGUGAGGAGGCGGAAAGGGCACGGGAUGAUGCCGAUAAGGGUGGGGAAGAUUUGUCAAAAAAGGCCAAGGAAAAUUGGAAAGACGAUGAUGAUGAUCUAAAGGGGCUCUAA